AACCCAGCUGGCCAAUCACUCAUCCUACGCGCGCUUUUUACACACAAGCAAGCAAGCAAAAGCGCGUAAACGCUGCGACUGCGCUGAGCCAACCGAAGCGAACCCCGAAACGGCGGAACAAGCUCCUAAGCCUUUGCUCUGCGCUCGACGAUGGCAAAUGUGAUCGAUCAAGAUCAACAAUGGCUUAUCAAUUGCUUGUCCGCCACUCUCGACCCAAACCACGAGGUUCGCUCAUUUGCAGAAGCAUCCCUAAAUCAGGCUUCUCUUCAACCAGGUUUUGGGGUUGCAUUAUCCAAAGUUGCUGCCAACAGGGAGCUGCCUGUAGGAUUGCGUCAGUUAGCUGCAGUCCUCCUAAAGCAGUUCAUCAAGAAACACUGGCAGGAGGGUGAUGAAUUAUUUGAACAUCCUGCAGUUUCUAUUGACGAAAAGGCAGUCAUUCGCAAGCUUCUUUUAUUUACAUUGGAUGAUUCCCAUAGAAAAAUUUGUACAGCAAUUAGUGUGGCUGUGGCAUCAAUUGCAACAUAUGAUUGGCCGGAGGAGUGGCCCGAGCUAUUGCCUUGCCUCUUAGAUUUGAUGAAUAAUCGAAUUAAUAUGAAUGGUGUGCAUGGAGGUCUAAGGUGCUUGGCUCUACUCUCUGGGGAAUUAGACUGUGAAAUGAUUCCAAGACUAGUACCUGCUCUGUUCCCACACUUGCUUUCAAUUGUUUCAUCCCCAGAGAUGUAUGACAAGUAUUUGCGGACGAAGGCCCUGUCAGUUGUUUAUUCUUGUAUAUCCAUGUUAGGGGUGAUGAGUGGUGUGUAUAAGGAAGAAACCAGUGCGUUGGUAAUGCCCAUGCUAAAACCAUGGAUGGAACAGUUCUCUAUUAUAUUAGGACAUCCCGUGCAAUCUGAAGAUCCCGAUGACUGGAGCAUUAGAAUGGAGGUCUUAAAGUGCAUGAACCAGUUCUUUCAGAAUUUCCCUAGUUUUGCAGAAAGUGAUGUUACAAUUAUAUUGCAAUCAGUGUGGCAGACAUUUGUGUCAUCUCUCGAAGUCUAUGUACGGUCAUCCAUUGAAGGUGUAGAAGACCCAUAUGAAGGAAGCUAUGAUUCGGAUGGUGCGGACAAAAGUCUUGAUUCUUUUGUCAUCCAGUUGUUCGAAUUUCUUUUAACAAUAGUUGGAAGUUCAAAACUGGUGAAGGUUGUGAAGAACAAUCUAGGGGAGCUGGUAUAUUACACAAUUGCUUUUCUACAAAUUACGGAGCAACAGAUUCAUUUGUGGUCAAUGGAUUCCAAUCAAUUUGUUGCAGACGAGGAUGAUGGCACCUUUAGCUGUCGUGUAUCAGGUGCACUGUUACUUGAAGAAAUUGUUAGCAAUUGUGGUCUAGAUGGAAUCAAUGCCAUCAUAGAUGCUGCCAAAAGUCGCUUCAGUGAGUCAAAAAGAGAAAAGGCUUCUGGUUCUUCAGCUUGGUGGAGAAUCAGGGAGGCUAUUCUAUUCGCUUUAGCUUCUUUGGCAGAACAGUUGAUUGAAGUAGAGCCUUCUGGAGUGACAAGAGUUGGGUUGGGAAGUUUUUUGGAGGAAGCAUUGACUGAAGACAUGUCUAUAGGUCCUCAUGACUGUCCCUUCCUUUAUGCUCGUAUAUUCACAUCAGUUGCCAAGUUCUCCUCUAUGAUUAGGAGUGACCUUAUUAAUCAGUUCCUUCAUGAAGCUGUGAAGGCUCUUGGCAUGGAUGUGCCACCUCCUGUGAAAGUUGGUGCCUGCAGGGCACUUUCCGAGCUCUUACCUGAAGCAAACAAAGAAAUCAUUGGGUCUGAAAUGAUGUUUUUAUUUUCAUCACUUGGAAAUCUUCUCAAUGGGGCAUCAGAUGAAACUUUGCACUUGGUACUUGACACCCUGCAAGCUGCAGUUAAGGCCGGUGGUGAAUUGUCCUCUUCAAUAGAGCCCAUUCUUUCUCCUGUGAUUCUUAAAAUGUGGGCAUCACAUGUCUCUGAUCCUUUUAUCAGCAUUGAUUUAAUUGAGGUUCUCGAGGCAAUAAAAAAUUCUCCUGGUUGUAUCCACUCGUUAGCUUCAAGAAUUUUGCCCUAUUUAGUGCCUAUACUAGACAAACCCCAACAUCAGCCAGAUGGGUUAGUAUCUGGAUCAUUAGAUCUGUUGACAAUGCUUUUGAAGAAUGCUCCAAUAGAUGUUAUGAAAGCUGCGUAUGAUGCUUGUUUUGAUGGUGUUGUCAGGAUAAUCCUUCAAACUGAUGAUCAUAGUGAAUUGCAGAAUGCUACGGAAUCUCUAGCAGUUUUUGUAGCAGGGGGGAAGCAAGAAAUUCUCACUUGGGGUUCUGGAUUUACAAUGAAAAGUUUGCUUGCUGCUGCUUCGAGGCUCUUAGACCCUAAGAUGGAAAGUUCUGGAUCUUUCUUUGUUGGGAGUUUUAUCUUGCAAUUGAUAUUGCAUCUUCCAUUGCAAAUGGCCCAACAUCUUCCUGACCUGGUUGCUGCACUAGUUAGGCGAAUGCAAUCUGUUCAAAUAGCUGGAUUGCGAUGCUCUUUAAUACUUAUUUUUGCUCGAUUGAUUCACAUGAGUGCCCCAAAUAUUCAACAGCUUAUCGAUUUGCUAGUUUCAAUACCUGCUGAAGGCAAUGAUAACUCAUUUGUUUAUUUGAUGUCAGAAUGGACGAAAUUGCAAGUUGAGAUUCAGGGUGCUUAUCAAAUAAAAGUUACUACUACUGCAUUGGCCUUGUUGCUGUCAACACGAAACCCUCACUUAGCACAAAUUAGUGUUCAAGGACAAAUUACUAAGCCUUCUGCAGGGAUAACCACUCGAUCAAAAGGAAAAUUAGCUCCAGAUAAGUGGACAGUGAUUCCACUUCCAGUGAAGAUUUUAUCUUUGUUGGCCGAUGCACUAAUUGAAAUCCAAGAGCAAGUUUCGGUUGAUGGUCAGGAUAGCGAAUGGGAGGAUGCUGAGGAAGAUGAUAUUUCAAAUGACGAAAACCUGCUUCAUUCGAUCGAUGCUACAUCAGUAGGCAGACAUACCCACGAAUAUCUUCAAGUGAUGGCAAAAGUAUACGAUGGGGAAGGUGAUGAGUAUGAAGAUGACCUACUAACUGUUUCUGAUCCUCUUAAUCAGAUUAAUUUGGCAAAAUAUCUGGUGGAUUUUUUUAUGAACUUGUAUCAGAAUGACAGACACAACUUUGAUAAUCUCUUCAAGAGUUUGUCCCAAUCUCAACAGAAUGCCAUCCAAAUGGUACUAAGUCGCUGAGUAUAUUACCCCCACUGGUGGAUUUAUUUGGUGGUUAAUUGAUAUACAGUGCCAUCUGCGAGGAACAUUUUUUCAUUUUCACCUGGGGCUGUUUUUCUGUUUAUGGUCGUGGUUGUGGAGGUGGGACAGGGGGAGGGACUUCCAUGUGAAUGACACUCAUCAGUUUGGUUAUAUUUUAACGUUUCGUUCUAGUGUUUCAAGCUUGUGAAAAGGCUGUUCGAGUGGUUAGUCACUGUAGACGAGGAGUUGCGAUCUUUCAGGUGUGUUGUUUGGCUUUCUAAUUCCUGCUCAAAUUCCAGCUGUCAGUUUUUCAGCUUCCUUCCUUGCCGAUAUCCUCUCCCCUCCCCCCAAAUCCCAGGGUGCAAAGCAGCAAAAAGAAAGGGAAAAAAAAAUGUCAUCGAGUGUUGUGUAUUAGGUUCUUUUCUGGAUUAUUUCAUCAUUAUGUUUUAGAUGUUGUAUUGGCGUUAGUUACUUGUUUUAGUUUCUAGGUUUUCCAUGAAAGUUAUUUGUAUUAUUAUCAGUGCAUAGUUAGCUUAUGUUCUCUUUGAUGAACAUAUAUGUAACUGUUACAGACUAUAUGUAAAGAAAAGAAAAAAGUUCGGCUGUGAUUGAAUAUAUGAGAAAUAUUUUUGUUCUUUUA